CGCCGGCGAUAAUAUCAGUAUAGGAAGGCACGUGCAGUAUAGUUUUAAAUACUGUUAUUAUGUGUCAAAAAUAAGCCAUAUCAUUCUGUUACUUGUCUUGUUCAUAAGUACGAGCAAAAAGCUCUUAAAGGCGUUGUUAAUAAAAACCCCAUAUCGUUAAGAAAGAAGCUGCAAAAUGCAUAAGGCGUCCACUUCUUCCGCUAACCGAGCUAACUUCCAGGGCAAUCACAAAACUCAGAAAAGCCCAAAUAACGGUAAAGCUAAAGCCAAGAAAUCGCCCAAUACAGACAUAAAUGUAGCUGAUGUCGAGAUGCUAUUGAAUCCGAGAUCCAAUUUGACCAAGGAGCAGAAGGAAAGGCGCAAAAUGAUGGAGGGCUUUGUGACCAAAACAUUCGAACGCGCUGAAAACGAAUCUGAUGGAUCCGACAUAGACACCAGUGCAUCCACAUCGAAUAAGGGCAAGUCGAAGGCAGCCAGGCCCACAGAUCGCAAGCGACGUCUUCAGGCUGAAGAUUCGCCACCGGCGGAUGCCAAUAAUAAUAAUACCAAAAAUGGUAAGGACGGUAAGGUGUCCAAGGAAUCUGCAUCUACCCAAGGGGCCAGCGCCACCAAACGCAAGCCACCGCGCAGUCAGGGACUAGAGCACACCUCGCCGAUCCAGGUGGAUGGCGAGGCUUUGGCCUGCCCUUUGGUGCGAAAGUCCCUGCCGGCAGCCGGUGCUUCUGGUGCCUCAGGUCCCGCCAAAUCCUGUCCAUUGCCGGAGAAACGCAAGUCAUUGCCCGCAGGAGCGGCCAAGUCCAAAAGCCAAGUCAUCAAGCAGGAAGCCCUCGAAGAGGCCAGCAAUGAAGCCCAGCUCUUAGCGCUGCCAAUAGAAACCCACAAAACCGACAGCAUCGAAGAGGGUCGUCGUGUCCUCCAGUGGUUACUUAAUCCCAUCAAAGUCAAUCACUUCUUCGACGACUUUUGGGAGCACACCGCCUUCGUGGUGCAGCGCAAGAAUCCCCAUUACUACAGCAAGCUUAUAUCAUUUAAGAUGAUUGACGAAAUGCUGGUUCGCCAUCGCUUGGACUUCACCAUUAACGUGGAUGUGACCACGUACAAGAAUGGCAAGCGUGAGACGCUGAAUCCCGAGGGCCGUGCCUUGCCACCAGUUGUAUGGGGCUUGUAUUCGGAAGGCUGCAGCAUUCGCAUACUGAAUCCAUCUACCUAUCUGGUGGGAUUGCGUCAGGUGUGCAGCAUUAUGCAGGAGUUCUUUCACUGCUUGGUGGGGGCAAAUGUCUACCUAACCCCGCCAAAUAGCCAGGGCUUUGCGCCCCAUUACGAUGACAUCGAGGCCUUCGUGAUCCAAGUGGAGGGACGCAAGCGCUGGCGUUUGUACGAGCCACCCUCUGGUUCCGAUCAGCUGUGCAGGAACUCGUCGAGCAACUUUGAUCAAGAGCAGCUGGGUGAGCCCAUACUUGAUGAGGUCUUGGAAGCCGGCGAUUUGCUGUAUUUUCCCAGAGGCACCGUUCACCAGGCCAUCACCGAGGAGGAACAGCACUCGCUACACAUUACCUUGAGCGUGUACCAACAGCAGGCAUACGUCAAUCUCCUUGAGAAACUAAUGCCCAUUGUUCUUAAGAAGGCCAUCAAGCAAAGUGUCGCCUUGCGUCGCGGCUUGCCGCUGCACACAUUUCACGUUUUGGGCGAGGCCCAAAGGGCUAAUCGCAGCGAUUCGCGCAAUCAGCUGGUGGAGAAUGUGCAGAAGCUGGUGACCAAGCACUUGAUGCCCUCCGCACAGGACAUUGAUGAGGCCGUCGAUCAGCUGGCCAAGAAGUUCCAGCACGAGGCACUGCCACCGAUCAUUCUGCCCGAGGAGCAGGUGCGCACCGUUUUCGGAUCGCGCAGUACCGCCGAUGAGCAGGGUAACGCUAUCUGCGACUACGAGUUCGACACGAAGACAUCCGUGCGCUUGCUGCGCGCCAAUAUCCUGCGUCUGGUGACCGAGGAGGAUGGCAGCGUGAGGAUCUAUCACCAUGUGGAUAAUGGCUUCGAGUACUGUAAGUACGAGCCCAUUUUCAUGGAGAUUCUGCCGGAGGAAGCUGCUGCCGUUGAACUGCUCAUAUCAGCAUAUCCGUACUACCUCACCGUCGGUCAGAUGCCAUUGGACUCCGCUGCUCGUAAGGUGGAGGUAGUCACCGCCCUGUGGGAACGUGGCCUUCUUAUGACCGAGAAGCCAUUUAAAUAGGAGGGAAUCAAAAGCGAGGUGCUCAUCACUAGAAUUUAUAUCCAUGCAAAUGUUUCUCUAGAAGAACCAUAAACCAUUUUUUUUUUGUAUAAACUUGUAAUCAGAUUUGUAAUGCUCAAAUUCUGCAGAAAUUAAACCACAUUAUUCAUCUA